AUGCCGGAGGCUCGCAAGGUGGCGCCGGCACCCGACCGGCAGGAUCGCUCGCCACGCACGAUUACAAUGACAAGGUCCCGCGAAUCGGCCGGAGCGGCAAAAGCCUCCCCACCUCCCAGAGGCACUCUCCCCGCGCUGGAUGCAACGCAGGCGCGCCUGCGGGAAGAAGAAUUGCGGCCCAUGCAGCAGGUGUUGCCAGGUCUUCCGGUUCAGGAACUUCGAUCUGCAAUUCAGUCCCUUGCGCACCACCAGCCGCCACCCGAAAGCCGGUGCAGCCGCGAGGCUUCUGACGUGCUUUCUCCUCAUGGUACUCUCAGUGCCCAGAACAAGCUGGUCCAGGGAAGCACCGCCAGCUCAUCGCGGGCCGUGGGCGCAGUGCAGGCGUCGAAACAGGUGCCACACUCGCGUCGCGCAAGCACGGAGGCCGUGCCGGGCGGAUCGCCGGGCAAGGCAGCCGCAGCCUCUGCAGAGGUUCAAGACUUGUUUCCCUUCUACUUGGACGACAAGCUGAUGGAGAUGAUGAAGCCGAGUGGUCCAAACUGCUCCGAUCCCAUGCUCUCGCUGAAGACUCGGGUCUGCGAGGAGCUCCGUGUGUUUGCCUUGCUCCCUGACGCUGAUUGCAGCCACCACUGCAGAGGGAAGGACCGGCUGACGAACAUCCCGGUCUUUAAGUCUGGCACGGCGCCGGACGUCCAAGUCCGCGUCCAGCUGGACACCAGCAGCCUCUGGCCCAAAGUCACCGGCAUCCAGUGCAGCUGCGUCGAUGCUCGCUCGAACGAGGCGUCCCUGACCUCUUGCCCCAAGGAGGCUUCGCUGCCCGAGGCGCACCUCUACUGGCGGCAGCGCAUUCUCACCGCCUCCGGCGACCCAAUGGGCCGGGCCAAGACGCUUCCACCACCCUUUGCCGAGUCACAGUGGCCGGAGGGCAUCGUGGAGUUUUUGAGUUCGCUCAUCACGGAUGCUACGUUGAGCGCCGUGAACCACGGGCUGGGUGAUCGGGCUGCUGAGCUUCGGGCGGCCGCUGGAGGCCUGCUCCGUGGCCCAGACGACCCUGACAUCGCCAGGGUCAUGCAGGACUUUCCACAACUGGGCACCAUGGAUGCAUAUGCAAAGACUCAGCGCAGCCCCCUCUUCUUCCUGCAGCUGGCUGCUCCCCUAUGGAUGGCAGCCACGAUCGGAGAGGAGUCUUUGCGCCAGACACUCGAAGAUUACCGCAACCAGGAGGCCACGACCCAAGCCGACGGAGUUCCCUUGCUUCGGGUGGCCCUCCACACGCCGGUCAUCUACAAGUCUCCACAGAAAGGUGGCAAACUCUUUUGUGGAGCCAUCCUCAUGUUCGUCCUAGAGCAUGUGCAGUAUCUGGACAGCACGAAAGUUGCAGUGGCUCUGGAGCAUCUGCUGGAGUUCCAGGCGGAGCCAAACUCAACCUACGAGAUGUUUCCGAUUGGAAUUAACUGUGCGAUUGGACAUUUUUCUGCACUCUGCUUGACUGGGAAGAAUCCGCCAAUGGUGGAAGCGCUGCUGGAGAAGCGCGCGGACCCUCACUGUCGGAACCUUCUGAAUUAUUUUCCGUCCGGCUCUCCUCUUUGGACAGCUGUUUGGCGAAGGCAGAAUUUCGCCAUCAGGAAGCUGCUCGAUGCAGCUGACACCAGCGCGGGAGGCACAGAUGCAGAAGGAGUCAACCGACAUGGUUGGCAUCCUGAUCGUGCUCCCCUGGUGCUUGGCCAGAGAGCGCAGGGCUACAACGUUCUCGAGCUGGCGAGCUUGACGAUGGGCCUGGAGCAGGUGAAGCUUUUGGUCGAGAGAAAGGCGAUGCUUGGAGACGAGCUUCCCCACGUCCUGGCAAACUGCCCGGCUGCAACGGCCAGAGUCCUGUCAAAGCAUGUCUUCUGCACUGUAGCACAUGCUGCUCGCAUUGUCAACGGCAGCGCGCUGGACCAGAUGAAUGGCAUGAGGGUGGAGCUCGUUCUUCGCGAGGUGCUGAAGCACGAGGAGGCAAGGGCCUGCCUGGAGAAGGCCAUCUUCAAGGCCUCCGAGGUCGAGAAGGUGGAGGGGAUGAAGCAAAGAAGGUGGCAGCUGAAGAACCCACAGAACUACAAGGAGAUGAUGGAAGCUCUGAUAAAGGUCAUUCACAAGGCGCCAACCACAGCUGGACGUCUUCUCGAUUCACAGGCCGGUGUCCCCGACAUGGCAGAUUCGAACCGCUUCCCGCUGACAAGCACCUGCCUCUUCGACAAGCAGGAGCCGCAGCACGUCGCAUAUUCGGAGUGCAAGAGGUGGGAGAAGGGGAACUUUGCCAACAGCUUGGCUCCGCCACCAACGUCGAAACGCUCUCUUCGGCGGCUGCUCUCUGGCCUUGAUGGGAGCAAGUCGCUGUGUCUGCAGCUCUGCGAUAUCCUCCGGGCCGCGGUACCCGAUCAAAGGCGAGCCGAUGACUGCGCCAUCACCGUACUUCGGUAUCCGAACGUCAUCCGAAUGGAUGUGGUCAAAGCCAUGAGGGCUCUGCCGCAGGAGCACCUCGUAGGGAUCUUCAGGGAGAGUUUCGCCUUCCGAGGUAUCGCCUACUACCUCUGGAAGCUACACAUUCCUUUGUGCUGCUUGGACGUGUCUACCACGAUGCUGCAGUUUGUGAGCCUCCUUGUUUGGUGGCGGAACUUUGCAGACGGCUCCGUCGUCCGCCCCUGCUGGUGCAUCUUCACUGCCUGUGUGCUGCUGGACGUCUCCACCGUGCUGCUGGACCUUUGUGGCUUCUGCUUACCACUCUUCAAACUUCUCUUGCAGGCCGGCUUCGGGCUCUGGAUGUCCUUAGUGACCUGGGGCGGAGACGAAACGGCGGAGUUCCGGCCGCCCAUGGCCACCAACCUGGCUCUCAGCAUCCUGGGCACCAUCUACGAGCUGCGGCUGUUCUAUCCUCUUGGUCUUCCCCUGGGUGGCAACCUGCUGCCAAUCAUGCGUGCAGCACAGACGGGCGAGUUCAUCGCCAUGCUCAUCCUCCUGGCGUCAGUCCUGGUUGCCACCUAUUUGGCAGCUUGCGUGGAGUUCUUCCAAGACCCGGAUGCUUUGCUGCCAGUGGCGGUGAGAACCUGGCAGACCCUCAUCAUCGGGGAGUCUGCAUUGUACGAUGUGGAUGACUACGGACACCAUUUGCUGCGCUACCUCUGUGUGUCAGCCUUGUUUUUCGUCUGCUUCGUCGUGCUAAUGAACAUCUUCAUCAACGUGACCGGCGCAGGUUACGAUGAAGAGAGGGCCAAAGUCUUGGGCACACUGAGUGCGGAACGCUUCGCGACCUGCCUGGAAUUUUCAGAGAUCACGAUCCGGGGCCGAGUUGGCGUCCUGGUGGUCGUCACCCUUGCAGUGGGUGGGAUGGCCGUCUGGGACUUUACCGAAGGAGCUGGAAGCUUGUAUCUGUGGAUCUGCCGGCCCGUGGAGCAGGAGGAGCCUUCGGAAGCCGAGCGCUUUGAGGCUCUCGAGCAGCUGAUCCGGGAGAUGGGCAAAGGUGCCUCCAAGAUGCAGGAGACAAGACUUGAGACAGCUGUGUUGAGCAUGGCUAUCGCCAACAAGGAUUUGGUGACCGUGACGUAUUUGGAGAAGUCGCUUCUGUGGGCCGAGGCGUCCGACGUCUUCCGAGCUCUGCAUCAUAGUGUUGCGCAUGAGAACGACAUCGUCCAUGGUGACCUGCUUGGUGGUGAUGAUAGCGCUGCGAACGAGGUCCUCAGUCCAUGGAGCGGCGGAGUAAUCUUCCAGCACAUGUACUCUUUCGACCUCGGCGCUCUGAGCCACCUGGAGAUGCUCAUCGCCGAGCUGUGCCUCUCGGCAGCUCCUGCAGCGCGGCUCCGAAAGACGCAAGCAAAGCUGCGCGGAGAGUCCGCGCAGAAAGCGGAGCCACUGGAAUUGACCUAG